GCAGCGAAUUGCUCGAGAUUUAUUCUCUCGUACUGCUCCGUGGUGCUGGGAAUUUCGGGGUUAAAGCGGUAGCGAGGAGUCGUUGCCCGCCUUGUUGGAGAAUUUCGACUUGGCCCCUAGUCUUGGGUGUUGCGGAAUUUGUGAAUUGGAUUUUGUUAGCUCGACAGGGAAUUUGAUUCGUUCUGUGGAGAGCUCGAAAUUGGAAGCUGAGAGCUUCGGUCGGCCAUUCGUAGAGGAGAAAGAUGGGUUUCAAGGGUACCAAACAGGAGAAGAAGGAGAACUACGACAAGAAGUUGUGUGAUCUGCUCGAGCAGUACACUCAGGUUUUGGUCUGCGCUGCCGACAAUGUCGGUUCCACGCAGUUGCAGGGAAUCAGGAAGGGUCUCAGGCCCGACUCCGUGGUACUCAUGGGAAAGAACACUAUGAUGAAGCGUUCUAUCCGACUCCAUGCCGAGAGGACAGGAAACGAAGCCUACCUGAACCUGAUGACCCUUCUUGUGGGAAAUGUUGGUUUGAUUUUCACCAAGGGAGACCUGAAGGAAGUUAGUGAGGAAGUGGCCAAGUACAAGGUCGGAGCACCUGCUCGUGUGGGUCUCGUCGCCCCCAUCGAUGUCGUGGUUCCCCCUGGCAACACUGGUCUUGACCCGUCUCAAACAUCUUUCUUCCAGGUCUUGAACAUUCCAACCAAGAUUAACAAGGGUACCGUCGAGAUCGUUGCCCCGGUUGAGCUUAUCCACAAGGGAGAGAAGGUGGGAUCGUCCGAGGCUGCUCUGCUGUCGAAGCUUGGAAUCAGACCAUUCUCAUACGGUCUGGUGGUGCAGUCCGUGUACGACAACGGAUCAGUGUUCAGCCCUGAGGUUCUGGACCUGACGGAGGACGAUCUGUGCGCGAGGUUCGCUGCCGGAGUGUCGAAUGUGGCCGCUCUGUCGUUGGGCAUCAGCUACCCGACUCUGGCAGCCGCUCCCCACAUGUUCGCGAACGCGUACAAGAACGUGGUGGCUGUGGCUUUGGCAACGGAGUACUCCUUCCCUCAAGCAGAGAAGGUCAAGGAGUACCUUGCGGACCCAAGCAAGUUCGCAGCUGCCGCACCAGCUGCCGCCGCAUCUGUGUCAUCUGGAUCUGCUGCACCUGCCGCUGCUAAGGUGGAAGAGAAGGCUGCAGAGCCCGAGGAGGAGUCUGACGACGACAUGGGUUUCGGUCUUUUCGACUAAGUCCAUCUGUAUCUUGGAAUCAGCUGUAGAAUUUUUAUUGGCCAGGCGAUCUUACUUUGCCUUGGCCCCGGCUUACCUGUAAUGUCGCCUUCUUAAACCUGAAGCCCGCACAAUUUUGCUGUGAGGUUUGUUCCGUGUAUCGAGCUGUCAGCCCGGAUGCUGUAUUGGAUGAUGACUGGAGUGAUUGGUGUUUGGCUGGGGUUUAUCUGGAUGAAGGGAGGAUUGCCAUUAUGCUCAUUGUUUUGAAUCCUUGUGUCCCUUUCCUGCACCCAUUUGACCACAGAGUGGACAGAACAGCAUUUUCAAGAGGAAAGUGGGUAGAAAUUUGUUACGGAUGGAACCGUUUUGACAUGUUCCUGAGCAGCAUGGAUUUUCUAGGACAUUUGCGGGGCUUUCUCCUGAAACGAGGAUUCUGAUCGAAGACAUGUCGAUCAAACACGUUGGGAGCAGCCAUGCUUCUAACAACAUUCUGGUUGCUGACAUGUUGUGGUUUCUUCAUUUACUGUUGGAAGCUGCCACUGAAUUUUGUGCACCUAGUAAUGAAGGCGUUCUCGCUUCCGAGUGUCCGAAUACAAUUGCAUGAGCGAGAUACUGGUGCACGAUGUGCAAUCUCGGAUUGUAUGAAAAUACUGAGAAGGAGGUUACAGUAUGUAGUAAUGGUCCAAAGUAGCCUUCAAAACGCCUUCAACCCCAACUGGGAGGUUUCAUAUAGAAAGCGAAAUGUCUAACAGUUAUAUGUUCCCGAGAUGGAAACUGUAGCCGAACAAGCCAGAGUGCACCAUGGAUACGAUAUGGAUGAUUUUGCCUGGUGACACGACGUUUCCUGUCUGUAUCAGCGUCCCAGGUUAUUUCGCAAAGCUGCCACAGUAGGACGUAGUUUUCUCUUUUCCUCCACUUAGGAUUUUUCAAUCACUAUCAGCUCAGCAUUAUACUCGGUUAGGUUCAGG